CCUCCAGUUAAGCUGAUCUCCAAUGGACAACCAACCCCACUUCAUCUACCUUUUUCUCUUGCUUUCCGUUAUAAUAACUGCUGCAGGGGCUUAUGCACAUGCUAAUAGCUUCACCAAACUUUUUGUGUUUGGGGACUCGUAUGUUGAUACCGGGAAUAGGAAUUUCACAGCUAGUUCAUGGAACGAACCGUAUGGAAUUACUUAUCCUGGUAGACCCGCUGGUCACUUCUCUGACGGCCAUGUCUUCAGUGAAUACAUUGCUUCAUGGAUGGGCAUAAAGUCUCCUACACCAUAUAGACUUAGAGAAAUAGGAUCCAUAGAAUAUGGAAUGAAUUUUGCUUAUGGAGGGACAGGCAUCUUCGAAACACUGGUUGCUGCACCAAACAUGACAAUACAAAUCGGUCUUUUUGAACAACUCCUUGAAGAGAAACUCUAUACCGAAGAUGACCUUAAGUCUUCCAUUGCUCUGGUAUCUGUUUCUGGCAAUGAUUAUAAUGCCUACAUUGCUAGAGGUGGAAGUCUUCCGGGUUUGCCAGCCUUUAUUGUAUCUGUUGUUAAGCAGCUUGGCUUGGAUCUAGAACGUAUUCAUGAUUUGGGAGUGCCAAAAGUAGUCGUUAUGGGAAUACAGCCUCUUGGAUGUUUACCUCAAUUUACAAAGGAAUAUUCGUACGAGAAAUGUAAUGAAACAGGAAACUUGGCUUCACUGUUUCACAACCUAUUACUAACUACUGUGGUAGAGGAGCUGAAGCUGGAGAAUGGUGAAUCUGAAUUUGUGAUGCUUGAUAUGUACGAUGCAUUCAUGUCUGCAAUGAAGAAACAUGAAAAUGAAACAGGAACUUCAGAGUUGAAGAAUACAUUGAGGCCAUGUUGCGCAGGUAUAACAAGCGAAGACGGGUGUGGGGACGUAGAGAAUGGGGAAAAGAAAUACAAUGUGUGCAUUGAUCCCAAGAUGGCAUUCUUUUGGGAUUCGUUUCACCCUACACAAGCGGGCUGGCAUGCAAUUUACUCGGUUCUAAAAUCUUCUAUCGCAAACCUCUUCCAGAGAGAGUUGUGGGGAAGUUUUUAAUUCAUGUUUCCGCCUUAUGCAGAAGGUCUGGAUUGCUCAAGAAUCAGUAAGGAUAAAUAUUAGUAUUGGUAUUGGUAUCAAUAAUGUGUUGGACUCGUGUUUCUCCAACGUAAUUCAUAUCAGUAAAGAGCAUCAAUGUAUUGAUGUUAAUAAGGUUAUUGGCAGUAGGGUAACUCCUACAAUCCUACUCUUGUAGUAUGAUCAUCCCCAAUAACUUGGAAUUUAUUCUA